AUGCAGAAACUGGUUGAUUGUGAAGAAUACAAAAAAUUAUCUGAAACCAACAUAAAUCCCUCUGGAAAGCAGGUGUUUGCUCCGCAACAUUUUUUUGUCCAGGAACAAAUCGGGAAUCAAAUUGUUCCGGAACAGAGUAAGGGACCUGAACAGAAAACGGAACAAAAGAAAGUGGAACAAGCUCUGCUGGAAAGCAAACUGAAAUUCAAUCCAUACCAGCAUCGAUUUCUUACUUAUUAA